UAUGAUAUAACGACACAUCAUCAGUCUAUUUUCUUUCAGUAUGAAUAGGGAAACCCGAGACAAGGUCUUUAAAAACUGUCUUCCCAACAACAAUAUCAAAAACAUACCAAACGUUUUCUCCAACCUGUUUGGAAGAGAAAUGGCGAGGCGAGAUUCGUUCGGCGGAUAUGAGGAAGAAAGAUUCAAAGACAAAGUCGACAUUAAAUUGCAGUGCUCUAUUUGUCUCAAGGUCUUAAAAGAUCCAGUACAAUGCCCGAAUGAACACUACUUCUGCCGCUCGUGUAUUCAAAAGUGUUUGCACGAAAACUCCGAAACUUGCCCGAUGUGUCAACACCAUCUGACGGAAGAAACCUUAACCAAACCACCGAGAAUUUUGACGGAAUUGUUGCAGAGUCUCAUGAUUCGUUGUGAUCACGAAAACCGUGGCUGUCGAGAGUUGGUCAAGCUUGAAUUUCUUGAGCGACAUGUCGACAGCUGUGGUUAUUCACCAACGCGUUGUACAAACGCUGGUUGCGCAGAAGUCAUGAACCGACACGAGAAAGAACGACACGAACGUGAAGCGUGUCAGUUUCGUAAGAUCGUUUGCGACGAGUGCGGAGAACAAGUAAUAUGGAAGUCAAGUCGUGUACACCCGUGCUUCAUGCGAAAAGAAAUGGACGAUUUAGCGAGAAAAUUUAAUGUUUUUCAGAAUGAUAUGAGGGAAGUCAAGGAUGAAGUAAAGCUAGUGAAGCUGACUCAAGAGGAAAUGGCAUAUCUUACUAAAGAAGCAACCGAAAGAUACAAUUUAGUUACAGGCAGGCAGAAGAUUUUCGUUUGUGGAGGGAAUGAUGGCAAGACUGUCCUUAAUUCCGUAGAGUCAUACAGCUGGCCCGAGAAUUCCUGGACACUGGAACCAGCAAUGCAGGAGGCACGAGCAGGCCCUUCAGCAUUUGUCCAUGGUCGUGAAAUAUAUGUUAGUGGCGGAGUCAUUGUGACCAAGAACACUGACAGUGUUGAAAGCUUAAAUGUUGACAAGGGGAAUUUAGAAUGGAUAAAGUCUCCUGUCAAGAUGCCAUUGAAGUGUCAUGGACACACAAUAGUUCGUCACGAGAACAGUGCUAUUUUAACUGGUGGGUGUGACGGUGACAAUGUUUCAGAUGGGAUUUAUGAAAUCAGUCUAAAUCCUCCCCAUAAUCCGAAAUUACUGACCCAGAUGCCAGAGCCAAGAUGUUACCAUAGUUGUGAGAUGAUUGACAACCAGGUGAUAGUGGCUGGAGGAAGGGCAUCAAAAUACCUCAAGGGUGCUAAAAACACUGUGUACGUAUAUGACCUGAACAAUAAUGAAUGCAAAACCUUACCACCACUGCCUUCUCGUAUCACUGAUAUGGCUAGUGUUAGUUAUAAAGGUAAUGUAAUUUUGAUCGGAGGUGUUAAUCAGAAAGGUCAAACAUUAAACAGUGUAGUAAUGUAUGAUGUGAAAACAGGAAAAAUUAAAAUGUUGCCUUGCCUUAAUCAUAAAAGAGCUCUAAGUGCAGCAGUUAUCACUGGCAAUGUUAUUAUUGUUAUGGGUGGUUAUGUUUAUGAAACUAAAACAUGUCUCAGUUCUGUAGAGUGUUUAGAUUUAAGUAGCAAUGUAUGGAGAGAACUGUCACCAAUGACAACCAAACGAGAUAGUGCAACUUCAGUUGUGAAACUAUUAUCUUAG